UGUCAUUUCUGUCUGCGAUUUGUUGACGAAGAAAAGUGUAUUUGUUUUCAUAAUUUUUAUUCAUAUUCAUACAAAGACUAUUAUAAAUAAAAAAAGAAGUACUACGUACAAUUAUUAUUAUACAGAAUACAUAUACCAUUAUGAAAUAGUGAAAGAAAACGAUGAAAUUGAAAUGAGUUACAUUCACAAGUAAAUACCUACUCGUGUGGUUACGUUUGCUAUUUACUUCCUACAAGUGUGUGAAUAUAAUUAAUGUAAAAUGGAUAACGAAUUUAUGGACAUUUCAACCAGCUUCAGGCUCCAGCUCGGCUAUGGAAUCGGUCAUAUACUGAACGAUGUUUGUGCUAGUUUGUGGUUCACAUACUUUUUGGUAUUUUUUCAUUUAGUUCUGGAAUUUAGUGCUUCCCAAGCUGGGAAUUUGAUGUUAAUUGGGCAAAUAGUAGAUGCUGUAUCCACACCAUUUGUAGGUUACCAUUCGGAUCGCACUGACAAUGCUAUCAGUGCAAGAUAUGGCAAAAGAAAAUUAUGGCAUUUAUUUGGGACUGCAUGUGUACUAGCAUCAUUUCCAUUCAUAUUUUCACAAUGUAUUGGUUGUUCAAUGACUCAUAAAUGGGCGCAAAUGUUUUAUUUUGCUGCAUUUAUUCUAAUAUUCCAAAUCGGCUGGGCAGCUGUUCAAAUAUCUCACUUAAGUUUGAUACCAGAACUAGCUCAUGAUGACCAUACACGGAGUCACCUGACGGCUGUAAGGUAUGGAUUUACUGUGUUUUCCAAUUUAUUUGUGUACAUAAUCACCUGGAUAGUAUUGCACAUAACAGGAGAAUGUAAUAAACAGCAAGUUGGACCUGCAGAUGCCUGGAAAUUCAGACACAUUGUGUAUGUGGUCAUGAGCAUUGGAACUCUUGCUUCAAUCAUUUUUCAUUUAAGUGUUAAGGAAAAAUAUUCCUAUAGGAACCAAGAUGAAUUGAUACAGAACAGUGAACGAGGAGCACAUUUAGAUUUCUUACAUAAACCGUUAUUAUAUCAGGUUGCUGGUGUGUACAUGAGCACAAGAUUGGUAGUAAACGUCGCACAAGUAUUUAUACCCCUAUAUUUACAUCGAACAUUGGGACUGGCAGCACGAGCGCUGGCUGUGGUGCCUCUGGCGAUGUAUCUAGGAAGCCUGGCGGCAGCUGGAGCGCAAAGACUGGCCCCUAGGUCAUUCACAAGGAAACUAAUUUACUUUAUAGGUUCCAUAUGCGCUCUAACUGGAUUUGUGUGGAUAUAUUUCGAGUAUGACUAUGAUUACAAAGUGUACUUCAUUUAUUUAGUAGCUGUGUUAAUAGGUUUUGGUGGAGCAAUAAUGCUGAUGACUAGUCUUUCACUGACUGCUGAUUUAGUUGGCGCGAGAACCGAGGCGUCGGCCUUCGUUUAUGGCCUAAUGAGUUUCACGGACAAGCUGGCCUGCGGAAUCGCUAUCGCUGUAAUUCAAAUGUACGCCGACGAAGCAGAAUCAGCAUAUUACCAGAACGUGUUAUCAUGGGUGUGCGGCGGUGCUACGAUAUUGGGGCUCACAUUUACGUUACUCCUCCCCAAAUUCACGCCAGAAGUUAUGAUAAUUAAUGAUUCUGCAUCAGUAAACAACUCGGAUGAACCGUCAGCUAUGCCUGAAAAUAUAUGAGCUGUGAAAUCGUAUUAGCAAAAUUUUACUUAAUUUCUUAGAUAU